CCACACUCUCUCUCUCGCUCACUCCCUCUUUCUCUCUCUCCCUCCCCAUCUCUGAUUAGAUAUACUGAUUCCUCCUUUCAAUGGACGUCAUUUAAGCUCAGACUCCUGCCUCGAGUUGCGUCCUGCGCCUCAGCCACUCUCAACCCGGUCUUUUCCCCUGUUGUUGUUAUCGUUAUUAAGUAUUCCUGUGAUAUUAAUAGCCAUGAGCGCGUUCCAUUAGGAGUCCGAGAAGAGGAGACGAAGAAGCGGCUAUUUUCGCUAAUAUGAGCGCAAACGAGGGGACGGCAGCAGUGUGAUAGAAGCCAGGAGAGCGACGAGGAGAAGAGGGGUGUUUCUUUUUUUCACCGAGAGAAACUUUUCGACCUAAAAAAUCCACAAAGACGCCACCGAGUAUCUGCAUUUUUUAUAGCUCCGGAUGAAGGGCAGCGGGGAUCUAACCAUUUCUUUCUGAUGGAUUAUCGUCCUGCUACUGUGGCACAUAUCUGAUCGCCGGGGCCAUUGUGGUCUUGCAGGAAAGAAGAAGAAGUCUUUUUCGGGGGCAAAAAUAUCGAUAUUUUUCUUCCUGGUUUGCGGGUUAUUCCACUUUUGCUCGCCCCGACUCCAAAUAGUGUCUUUUUCGACCCAUUAUUCUUUGCUUGAGUCGCACUAAAUCCUUUCAGAUGUUGGUGCACAGUUUUUCCGCGAUGGAUCGUCACGACGGCACCAGCAAUGGGACAGCCAGGCUACCUCAGCUGGGCGGCGUGGGCCAGAGUCCCUACACGAGCGCGCCGCCGCUCUCCCACACGCCGAACUCGGACUUCCAGCCCCCGUACUUCCCCCCGCCCUACCAGCCCAUCUACCCGCAGUCUCAGGACCCUUACUCGCACGUCAACGACCCCUACUCCCUCAACUCGCUGCACGCCCAGCAGCAGCCGCAGCACCCGGGCUGGCCGGGCCAGCGGCAGGCCCAGGAGAGCGGCCUGCUCCACCAGCACCGCGGCCUGCCGCACCAGCUGUGCCGGGACUACCGCAGGGAAGUGCUGCUGCCGUCCGGCCACGGUCUCGACUCGGGACUGUCGGACUCUAUCUCUAUCCAUGGAAUACCUCACUCUUUAGAAGACGUUCAGCCUGUUGAGGAUCAAGGAAUUCACAUCCCCGACCAGACUGUAAUUAAAAAAGGUCCAGUGUCUUUAUCCAAGCACAACAACCUCUCCUCCAUCCCCGUAAACAAGGACGGUCUCUUCGGCGGGGUGGUGAACCCCAACGAGGUGUUCUGCUCGGUACCGGGCCGCCUCUCCCUGCUCAGCUCCACGUCGAAGUACAAGGUCACGGUGGCCGAGGUGCAGAGGCGCCUCUCGCCGCCCGAGUGCCUCAACGCCUCCCUGCUGGGCGGGGUUCUGAGGAGGGCCAAGUCUAAGAAUGGAGGAAGAUCUUUGAGGGAGAAGCUGGAUAAAAUCGGCUUGAAUCUACCUGCGGGCAGACGCAAGGCAGCCAACGUCACCUUGCUGACGUCACUAGUCGAGGGCGAGGCGGUGCAUCUUGCCAGGGAUUUUGGUUACGUAUGCGAGACCGAGUUUCCAUCCAAGGCAGUAGCUGAAUAUGUAAACCGUCAGCAUUCCGACCCAAACGAACAAGUCCAAAGAAAAAACAUGCUAUUGGCCACAAAGCAAGUCUGCAAGGAGUUCACGGACCUGCUGUCCCAGGACCGCACGCCGCUCGGGAACUCACGGCCGCAGCCCAUCCUCGAACCGGGAAUCCAGAGCUGCUUGACCCACUUCAGUCUAAUCUCGCACGGUUUUGGGACCCCGGCGCUGUGCGCGGCCAUCACGGCCAUGCAGAACUAUCUGACCGAGGCUAUCAAAGCCAUGGACAAAAUGUACCUCAACAACAACCCAAACAGUCACGAUAACGGCACUAAAGGAGGAGACAAAGACGAGAAACACAGAAAGUGA